GGUUUCUGGGCCGUUGGAUCCGGCUGCGGUUGGAGUUUGAAUUUGGGAGUCGAGUCCUGAACAGGAAGCCGGGCCCCAAACGCGCUCAACUCGAAAUGGCGGCGCUGGGGCGGUGAAGAGGCAGGGGCCUUGCUUCAUCCGGCGUUCCGGUAGUGUUCGGCCCGGGGCCCGUGCGUUAGGCUGGGUGUGAGCUCGGUGCCCCGGCCACAUGGCUGCCCCUACUGUGUCGGCUUCACCUUUCAACCAGGUUUCCUUUGUGUGGGUUUCGAUCCUGUUUCCUGGUUUGAAACAUAUCUGAACUGAUUCCGAUGAACGCAACUAGCUUGUUAUUUGAUGACCCGGUGGUUGAAUAGCAGAUUGUAGUUUCGGGGACUGGGCAGUGGAAAACCUGAGCAGUGGGGGAUAUCGGUGAAGCGUGCAUCGUGUGCGGCCAUUUGUAUGGCUGGGGAUGACUUUUAGAAUUGCAAUGUCUGGCUACCAAGCGGCAUUCUUAGCUCCAGUUGAUUUUCAGUGGCUCAGUUUAAUCGACAUGUUUCACGCCGAGUCCUGUGGAAGCAGCAUGGCGUGGUUCAGCUGCAAACGGUUUAGAUUUCGGGGCUUCUCGUGAAUCAUGCAUUUGAUUGAAAUACUUAAUGUUGGGUUUCUUUUGAAGUUUGUCCUCGUGUGGUCAUGAGACUUUAUGAAUGAGGAAAUGACUCCACCCUCUUGAUGUCAUUGUCCAAGAUAUAACAGUUGGUACAAAGCGGGGGUCUGACGAGCUUCUAUCUGCUUGUGCUGCUAACGGUCCCUUUAUCAUGAGCAACUCUGCUCCCUCUGCUGGUGAGUACACCAAUGGCAAUGACAGCAAAAAGUUCAAAGGAGAGAACAGGACUUCAGGAAUAUUACCUUCCAGAGUCAUUCAUAUCCGCAAACUUCCCAACGACGUCACUGAAGCAGAGGUCAUUUCCUUGGGCUUGCCUUUUGGCAAAGUAACCAAUCUUCUCAUGUUAAAAGGCAAAAAUCAGGCUUUUAUAGAAAUGAACUCUGAAGAAGCUGCUAACACGAUGGUGAGCUAUUACAGCACUGUCACUCCCUAUCUAAGAAGCCAUCCUAUCUACAUUCAAUAUUCUAACCACAAGGAGCUGAAAACUGACAACUCUCCCAAUCAGGCUAGAGCGCAAGCUGCUCUUCAGGCAGUAAAUGCUGUGCAGACUGCUAACAUGGCUAUUGCUGGCACUGGUGCCCCAGAUAGUGCAGCAGGUCUUGCUGGCCAGAGCCCAGUUCUUCGCAUCAUUGUGGAAAACCUUUUCUACCCAGUUACUCUAGAUGUAUUGCACCAGAUUUUUUCCAAGUUUGGCACUGUAAUGAAGAUCAUUACUUUCACAAAGAAUAACCAGUUCCAGGCUUUGCUCCAAUAUGCUGAUGGCUCCAGUGCACAACAUGCAAAACUGGCCUUGGAUGGACAGAACAUCUAUAAUGCCUGCUGCACUCUGCGUAUUGACUUCUCUAAAUUGACUAGCCUUAACGUUAAGUACAAUAAUGACAAAAGCCGAGACUACACACGCCCUGACCUACCAUCUGGUGACAACCAGCCGACCUUAGACCAAACCAUGGCAGCCGCUUUUGGUAAGGAAGCCUCCCUACUAGGUGCACCAGGUAUCAUCUCCUCGCCCUACGGAGGGGGAGCUGGUUUCCCUCCUAGUAUUGCCUUCCAGCAAGCUGACUUCCUCCAACAUCCAUCAGAUUACUGUUUGUCCGUCCCAGGGGUUCAUGGGGCAUUGGCUCCACUCAGCAUGCCGUCAGCAGCUGCAGCAGCUGCAGCAGCAGCCAGUCGUAUUGGUAUUCCGGGAUUUGCCUCUGCAGCCAACGCUGUCCUGCUGAUUAGCAAUCUGAAUCCUGAGAGAGUUACGCCCCAAUGCCUCUUUAUUCUUUUCGGAGUGUAUGGUGAUGUGCAGCGUGUGAAGAUACUUUUCAACAAGAAAGAAAAUGCCUUGGUACAAAUGUUUGACUGCACCCAAGCUCAACUGGCUAUGAGCCACCUGAAUGGUCAAAGGCUUCAUGGAAAGGCAAUGCGUGUAACCAUGUCCAAACACCAGACAGUGCAGCUUCCCCGUGAAGGCCAGGAGGACCAGGGCCUGACCAAGGACUAUAGCAGCUCGCCACUGCAUCGCUUCAAGAAACCUGGGUCGAAAAAUUUCCAGAACAUCUUCCCUCCUUCUGCUACCCUCCAUCUCUCUAAUAUUCCACCUUCUAUUACUGAAGAAGAUCUGAAGUUGCUGUUCUCGAGCACAACUGGCAUGGUCAAAGCAUUCAAGUUCUUUCAGAAGGAUCGCAAGAUGGCUCUCAUCCAGAUGAGUUCAGUGGAAGAAGCAAUCCAGGCUCUUAUUGACCUUCAUAAUCAUGACCUUGGAGAAAACCAUCACCUCAGGGUUUCCUUCUCCAAGUCGACCAUUUAAAGCUCUGACAUGGACUUCCACCCAUUCUCUGGGAGUCCUGCCUAGCCUAUGGGCACAAAUGAUUAUCUUGUUCCAGAGACACCACUAGACCUCAAAGCAGCUACAUAGCUGAAAUUACCCAAAAGUGACCACAGUUCGUUUUUAAAAAGCAAACUUUUUGAAGUUUACUGCAAUGACAUCCUGUUUUAUGGUAGUGAUGCUGCCAGUUUCAAUCCGUUUAUUGCAGAUUGGCUUGUGCUAGUGUCGCUCUUAAUUCAGCGUUUGAAACUCUUCUAAAAGUUUACAGGUUGCAAAUAUUUCUCUUGGAUCACCCAAGCCUGUGCACCUAAUAUCAGGUUGUGUAAUAAAAAGCCUUUUAAGUCUUUUUCCCCUUUGGGUAUCCAUACCACUAUAAUACAGAUGUGUGGAUAAUUUAAGCAUAUGCUCUACUUUCAUUUAAAUGAUUAUCCUGUGCCUUAUGUCUUUAUAAUGAAACAGGGGCCAUUUUAUAAAUUGUAAGUCUGUUUCUGGUUAUGUGCUUUACGGUUUGUUUCAAGCAAUGUUUUGCUGCUUGUUUGCUCAUUUAUAUGUUGCUUACCCAAAUUGCAGGAGGUAUAUUGGGUGUUAUUGGAGGCAGGGAAGAAACACAGAAUUGGCAUGUAGUAGCCUUAACAAUUUUAUCCAAGAUGCUGAUUUGCAGGUCGAUCCAUCUAAUCUCAGGUUUUGGAUAUGUUGGCCAUUGUACCACCACUCUUGGGCAGCAAGCUUUCUGGAUAUCAGUUUGUUUUUUUCCAAAUCCCAUUCCUUUUGCCUUUUUCCUCUCACUCUUGCCCACCUCCUAAUCACUUGGGAUAAAUAACUAUUUAUCAUCAACUGCCUGGUGGCCAUGCCUUUAAUCUAUUUUUUUUUCAACCAGUGUAGAACAAUGUUGUUGAAUAUUCAUUUAACCAAUUGAAGCGGUGUAGAUAUGAAGGUUGCUGCAGCUUACAAGCUGGUUUAAUUUUUGUAGUGCACCAGUAUUUAAUUUCAGCUGGCUUAAUAGGGUUGUAUUUUUUUAAACCGAACUUUCCAUCUGUGCGCCAGUUGUGUUGGAUACCACUGAAUCAACCUAGAAUAAGAAGCACAGCCAAUUGUGUGGAUAUCAAUAAAAUGUAGGAGUGGGCAGUUAUUUUGCUUCUCCGAGCCUCGUCUACAGGUGUCAUUUGUAAUGAAACAUGAAUCUGUUCAGCUUUGUCUAGAAGGGCUCUGGUUACCCCAGAAACCCAGUCAGUGACUUGGAAUAUCCUCAGGAGGAUUUUAUCCUACCUUUACAAAGGAAAAUGCAGUUGUCUGGUAACCAGGAACAGUCCCAAUUUUAAAUGGCCUAGGCUUGUUGCCUCUAUAUUCAAUAUCUUGUAUGUAUUUUAUAGUUGGGUGUGUUUUAUUAUCUUAGAGUCCAUAGAAUGUGCAUUUUCUACCUGUAUUUUGUUUAGUAUGAUUUUUGAUUUUAAUCAGUUUUUGAGCUGAAAUUUCUGCUCUGUACACCUUUAAGUGAGAUUGACAUGAUGUCAAUGUCCUGUCAUAUGUCACCUUUUUAUUGAUUUUUAUUGAUGUAUCAGCUGAAAUUCUGGCAUGGUGUGCAGUUACGUUUUUUAUGCUGUCUUUGGUAAUUUGCUUUCAUUUUCUUUUUGCUUUUUGAUUUGUAUAUUCCUUCUGGGUUCAAAUGAGAACAGAUUUGUCUUGUUGAUCUGUCUUUUUUGCCACCAAGUAUUUCAUUCCAUUUUUACCCUGCCUUGUUCCCUUAUGCAUGAGUACAGCAUUGACAAAGAGGUUCUUACAGUAUUGAGUGCUCAGUACAGUACUUGAAGCUUCUGUCCCUGUACAAGGUGGCGAUGAUUUGGCUACUUGUAACCCUUUGUUAAGCAUUAGAUAUUGGGUCUAUGUGCAAGUACUCUAUUGAUGCACUUAAUGCAGUAAAGGCAUUAGUUAUGAGUACAAUCAAGCUCUUAACCUUUUUACCAGAGUUUCCUUUUGACUAUGAUUCAGCAGGUUAACUAGCAGGAGCACAGUGGGAGGAAAAUUGUGCCUUUCCUGGAAGGUAGAAGUCUGCACAGAGAUGUGUGAUAGUGUUCCAUUUGCUGACUGAAAUAAAUACCUGGGUAGUCACGUGGUCUCCUAAUGAACAAUGAGUUCUCAAGCUACCUGUAAGAUGAUUUUUACUUCUGUGGAGAAAGUUAUUUUUAUUUACAGAUGUGGCUUUCAGUCUGACCUGUGUAAUUACAGGCCUGUACAAGUGUCCGUGGGGAAGAAUUUGUUGAUAUUGCCACAGCAGCCCUUAUAACUGAGGUAGUUUCCUUACUUUUGGACAGAAAAAGACGCUUCCACUUUGCGUAGCUUAGCAAAUUGACAAGGGGAGAAUUGGUUUUGUAGUUUUUCAAGCCCUUCUAGUAUGUACUGAGUUCCGACACCUUUUUGAAACAGUCUAAUACUCUUGACAUCCACUCCUAAAAGCAGUUAGCACUUGGAUUAAACCAAAUCUUAUUUGCUGACAAUUCAUGGUUUUCCUAUUGUCCAAAUGUAACACACCCCCUUUUUCCUUCUGAAUAAUGAAAAGAAAAUACUUCAGAUCCACUUCCCAAACAUUCCAUAGUUUGAGCUAAAUGCUGGAGUCAUAAUGAAUAUUUGUACACUUUUGACUUGAUCUUGUGUAUGAGUGCUCAUUAAUGACCAUGUUAGUGAUCUUGUGCCUAAACUAAUUAAUGAGCAAUAGUUUACUUUAAGAACAGAAUGUUCAGAUUGACACAUGUCAACUGCUUAAUGGUUUUUUUUUUAGUUUUUAUCAGGGUUUCAUGGACCAAAGUUGUUGUGCCUUCCGAAGUCUUAGUUCUUCACGUUUUGCUAUUCCUCUUCAAAUCCUCAAAUGUGGUGAUCGUAAUGCAUUAUGCACCUAGAGUGAUUUGUAGUUGUAUGUUUAGGGGAUUCACCGCUGGAUUCAAUCUGUGUUCCUUUAAAACUGUUGGAGGUGCUGCCUACAUAAUGUAUGCAGUUUUCAAACAAGAAUACAACUCCACCUCUAUUUUUGUCCUUGGUUUCUUUAAAAUAUUCCCUCUUUUCAGCUGUAAAGAAUGUUUGAAAAAAAGGUGUAAAUAUUCAUAACUUUUUUACCUAGAGAGGCUAAGGGGAACAAAACCGGUUUUUAUAUGGAAGCAUUGUCUUGUAUAUUUUGAUUAAAAAAACAGCUGUCAGGUUUCAUAUGUAAAAGGGUUUUUCAGAAAACAAUUCCUCUUCUAUUGAGAAGAAUGUUUGUAAUGCAAAGAGAUGAUUAAAAUAAUUUUCUAAUGAAUUUGUAGCUGUAUGAAUACAUUCACCAGUGUACCACCAUUUCAGAUUAUGCAAUUUUCUUUUACAACCAUUAACAGCUCUGGCCAAUGUAGUACUUGCACCUUCAAUAAACUGCUUCAUUCUUUA